GAUCGUUCCACUGCGCAUGCGCGGAAUUUGUCCACAGCGGUCGUGUUUGGCAGCGCGGUGCGCGUUGUGCGAAGCUGUGCGGUGGAGUUUAUAUUGUCGAUAUUAUAGCAUUUCUUGUUUAUGAUUAGCAAUAGUUUCGUUACCAUAAUAGCCGGCUAGUCAAACUUAGCGUCGUGACCUUGUCACAUGGGCCAAAUCUGCCAAAAUACGCGGGCACGUUUCGAGUCGAAUCCGUCUUAUGACUAGCAUCGAUCAGGAGGACAUUUCAGUUUGUAAUUUUGCCGACGCUUAAUCUUAUGGUUUAAUCAAGCGUGCCGGAAUGGCAUCAGGCCAGGUGUCUUCACUUUUGCAGAACCAAGCAGGCCAUGAGGGAAGCCGCAUUCCAAAUAAGGUGUUCAUUCAGAGGGACUACUCUGAAGGAACAUCGGUGAAGUUCCAGACCAAGUUUCCACAAGAACUGGAAGGCCUGAUAGAAAGGCACAUGUUCGAUCAGAUGGUCACCACAAUCAACUCUAUAUACUCUGAAGCUGAAAGAAUGAGUAGCAAGACAUUUUGUGAAGGCUUCAUGGCAUGCCUCACUGCAUACUUACUAUACAUGUGUACUGAAACCCAUUAUGAGAAGUUUUUGAAGCAAGCCACUGCAUACAUUCACGAGCAGAAUGAGACCGUUUACGGCCCGCGUGGCCUCCACAUCACAGACCCCAUUGAAAGAGGCCUGCGAGUU